GUUAGGCUGAGCCUUCUGCUUUCUGUGACUGGUGGAGCUGCCGCGCUGUCCGCGUUAUCUCCUCCCGGUGAGAACGAACCGCAGUGUUCACCGGCGAGGAGCCAGCCCUGUCCCGGUCAGAGAAAGACGACGAGGAUACCUGGGAGCGGGCGUCGGCCGGGCUGGGCCGCGCCGGUGCGGGCUGGCGACUCUGCUCCUCCGCUUGCUGCUGUCUCUGGGAACUGGGUGCCAGCGCUGAGGGGCUUCCAGCGGACAGGGACCCCCUUCCCCGGCUCCCCUGCCCACCCUGCCGGGGAGGGCGGAAGAUGCCGGUGAAGAAGAAGAGAAAAUCCCCUGGGGUGGCAGCCGCAGUAGCGGAAGACGGAGGCCUCAAAAAGUGUAAAAUCUCCAGGUACCAUCUCCCCCCACCCUUCAAGCUUCCCUCCUCCCUCCUUUGCUGGACAACUGGAGGAAAAGGAGUCGGGCCCGGCCUGCCGGGCUGGGGCUGGAGACAGCUAUUGCAGAUCCCAACCCCCUGCUAGACUAAUAAGUGGAGAGGAACAUUUUUCAAGCAAGAAGUGCCUGGCUUGGUUUUAUGAAUAUGCAGGUCCUGAUGAAGUUGUAGGGCCAGAAGGAAUGGAAAAAUUUUGUGAAGACAUUGGUGUUGAACCUGAAAAUGUGUGACUGCACAGAAAAGUUACAAAACAAAUUUGACUUUUUGCGCUCACAGUUGAAUGAUAUUUCGUCAUUUAAGAAUAUCUACAGAUAUGCCUUUGAUUUUGCAAGGGAUAAAGAUCAGAGAAGCCUUGAUAUUGAUACUGCUAAAUCUAUGUUAGCUCUUCUGCUUGGGAGGACAUGGCCACUGUUUUCAGUAUUUUACCAGUACCUGGAGCAAUCAAAGUAUCGUGUUAUGAACAAAGAUCAAUGGUACAAUGUAUUAGAAUUCAGCAGAACAGUCCAUGCCGAUCUUAGUAACUAUGAUGAAGAUGGUGCUUGGCCUGUUCUUCUUGAUGAAUUUGUUGAGUGGCAGAAAGUCCGUCAAACAUCAUAGCAGGAACUAUUGUGAAGAAAAUGCAAACCUUUUGAUUCCCACGUGUAUACAAGCUAAUGUGAUGAGGGGGAAAAAAAUCCGACGGGUGCAUUUUCAUUCAUGUGAAAGACUUCUCAUAGUACUUUUUUUUCCUUUUUUUAAAGGAGGUUUUUCUUGUUACAUGUGAUGGGCAUUGAGCCACACCUCUUCUUAGACUGAAUAUUGAAGUUUUUGUUUUGAGUUAUGUUUAUAACAUUUAUUUCAGAACAAUAAAGAUUCAGAUUUGUGACAAAGGCCUUAAAGUGAAGAUGUCCCUUGAGUGUCAGAGUGGUAUUUAUUUUUGUAAAUUUGAAUUUUUGGAUUUUUGAGGUUCCCAUUCACCCUGAAUUUAUAGAAUUUUCAAGAUUUUAAACAGUCUUAAUAUUUGGCAACGUAGUCUGCUGAUGGUAUGGCUCAUUAUAGUCAUCUCUGCACAGUUUGGAAGACUGUUGGCCUUGACUUCUGGGAUAAUGAUUUGCUGAUGCAGCUAAUAAACAUUUCUAGGUAUUGGGAAAAUGCUCCUACUUUUAGCUCUGGGUUUCUAUAAAAGCUGCCAGGGUCUUAUGCAGAUGUCUUAUCUCAGAGAGUUUAGAAUUGGAAAGAUCGUGUCCAGUUUUGUUUUCUAAAAAACUUGUAUUAUUAAGUUGUAUCAUCAUUGUUACUGUUGAUAGUGGCAUAUUUAUGAUAUUUUUAACUGUCAUUAUAUAGGGAAUUUUGUUUAAAGCACCUUUUUUUUUUUUUUUUUUUUUGCCUUAAGAGGACGUUAGCUCUGAUAUGGAUUUAGUUAAGAUACAUAUAGGAAAAGAAGACAAUAGAAUAAGGAAUCAUGAGAGAACUCUGGGUGUAAUUGUGCACAACUCAGUAGAGCCAUUUACAUUGGUAGUAUUGCAGUAUUGCUAAUUAUCACAAUUUUCUGCCUGUUGGUAAUAAAGUGACUUGAGGAAAGGGAAGCCUUUCCUAAUUCAUAUAAAAGGCACUUUUGUACUAGCAGCAGGCCUGUUUGUGCAUUCCUUUUCAAACCAUCCAGUAUCCCAGUGAUAGGAAAACUUUGUUCAUAUUCAUAGACCAGUCACAACUUCAGUAAUGUUUCUAGUGUCAUUGUAUGAGUAGAGAGAAGUAAGGAGAUUAUUUUUCCAUAAUAAGGGAGUGUUUCUAUUAGGAUUUAAGAUAAAGGUUGAUUUUUCAGUGGUGAAUUUGUUUAAAGAAUGAUUUUUCCAUAUUGAUUACCUAAGGGGGAAUGACAUUUUAAAGUGUUUUGUUUGCUUUUUAGUUAAUGAGCUGGGAAAAAAAUGAUUGCCAAUGUUUUACUUGCCUUCUUAAUAAGAUUACUUUGUAUAGUAAUCUUAUUAAAACACUCAUAAUAGUGGGAGAUGGUUUUCCUAAAUGUCUUAUAGAAAAGGAUAAUACAGAAUGCUCCUCUUAAGUAUUAGAAUCACUGAGGUAUGAAUUGAGCAUACCAAUGGUGUUAGGAUUUAAUAUUAUGAAUGAUGUUUUAAUAUCAAAUUUAUUAUAAGGAAAGCAUUUACAUUUGUAGACCUUUGAAUUUAUAAUUUAAUUGACUCUUCAAGGUACAUCUGAACUGAAGAAUAUAUCCCUUUUUGUUAAAUUCCAAAACAUAUAAGCAAAAUCGUAUAAAUUGUCACAUUUGUAACCUAAACUAAUGGUAAUAUCGGGUUUUCAUCUUCAGUAUUUGAGUAAAAUAGGAAACACUUAAAGCUUAUAGAAGAAAUGUUUUUUAAAAAGUAUAUAUAUGAAAGCACAGGCAUCCUUGGUAUAGGCAGGGGAUUGAUACCAGGACCCUUAUGUAUACCCAAAUCUGCGCAUACUCAAGUCCUGCAGUCAUCCCUUUGGAACCUGCCUGUGUGAAAAGUCAGCCCUCCCCGUGUGUGUACUGUUGCAUCCCAGGAAUACUGUGUUUUCAAUCCAUGUUUGGUUUUAAAAAUUCUGCGUAUAAGCAGACCCACACAGUUCAAACUCAUGCUGUUCAAGGGUCAACAGUAUUUACUUUGCUUACUUUUCCAAAGAUACCUUUAAGACUUUUUGAGUCUGAAAAUGAAAUUUACUUUCUUUUUUCACUUAAAGUCAACCGUCCUAUCCGACCCUAGCCAUACUUGGAGUCCAGUACCACUGUGGCCAUGCUUGUUUUACUCUGUUGCUCCAUCUAUUUAUCUUACCUUUCUUAAAGUUACAACAUUUGCCUACUUUGAAGGCAAAUUUACUCUGCCUGAUUAAUCAGUCAGGGUGUGGGCUGUGUCCCUUCUUGUCUUUCCUUUGUUAGUUUUGAAUAGCUUUUAAUUUACUGGGAAAUUUAUGAUCAAAAUGUUAAGUGAUAUAAACAAAGAAUACAAUAUUAAGCACCCUGCAGUAUAAAAAAGUCUAACUGUUGUUAGACUUUUUUUUUUGACUAGUUAGCUUUAAGUGCCUUCCCACGAAUCCUGUUGUAAAAUUUUCAGAACUACUUCCUUUGUACAGGAUGAAAUACUGUAUGGUGCUUUAUAACAUGGAGUUGAGUUGUUUCUAUAAGAAUAUUAUACAAAUGUAAUACUACUGGAAGAAAGUAGAGCCAGAUGUUGAUUUGAAAAGAUUGCACCCCCCCACUCCUCGGGGCCAAUAAUUCUUAAUAAGGUAUGAUGUUAAUACCUCUAGGAAAUUGCCAGGGAUUCAGGUGACAGUGUGUGAUGAAAAUGGUAUAUUGUGUGCUGGUCUGACUGCAUUACCAUGUUUGUCUUCUCUUGUCUAUGAUUUCUUAUUUCUUAAAUGCUGCUGAUAAAAUUCUUGAUAUAAUACAUUUUUGACAGUAGUAGCAUUUUUAUGUAUAAUGUAUAGGUUUUGUUGGUUUUUACUCAGAAGCACUCUAGAUCAGUGUUUCUUGAACUGCAAUUUGAGAGCCUUCUUUGGGAAUGUUAGAUUGAGGAGUAUUUCUCUUAAAUACAAAUGCCUUUUCAUCUAGCAAACCAAAAAUUUAUCUUAACAUUGAAUGCCAUCACUCGGGGUCAGGGUGGAAACAUUUCACUUUGAAGUAUUUCUUCAACAAAACGUGUCCUAUCUGCCAGCUUGCUAAUGUGAAAUUAUGAAAGGAUUUAUUGAAGUAUAUGUUCAGUUUGAAGAGUAAUUGGUAAGAAUGCCAGGUGUUGUUGUUCUGCCCUCUUAAAGAAGUGUACUUAAAACUGUUGUGAUAAUAAUUCAUCUCUGAUAAAACUUUGUUCUGGCCUUCAAGGCUCCUACAGCUUAAUGUUUUAAAUGUCUAAAGCAUCAGAUAAAUUGAGGGCAUUUUAAUAAAAAAAGGAAAACUAAAUGCCUUUCUUUGUUAAAGCAAAAGGCCAAAAAAAAAAAAAAAAAAAAAAAAAAAAAACCAAAAGUCUUACUCCUAAGGAAUUCUUACCUCUAAGGAGGAAUCCUUCCCUCUUGAGGAAAUACCACUUUUUGAGUGACAUUAGAAAUCAUCACAAGGAAACAUUUCAAAGAAAGGAUCAUUUUCUUUUCAGGAGAAAGAGGAAUAACAAUUUCAUUAACUCUUCCUCAAAAGGAAAGGCUAGUCUGAAUUAUUAAGUAUUCUGGAUUGUAUCAUUUUUUAGUAUAGUUUUAUUACUUUAGGAAUAUUUGGUAAGAACCAGGUAAACCUAAUGUUUAAGAUUUGUUCUUUUUUGUUAAUAGACCUGUGGUUAGUGCGGUGGAAGCCCAAAAGGCAGUCUAACUUAUGAUAAACUUAGAGACUGUGGAAAGAUGAAUUUCUGCCCCAAACCUUGGAUAAAGGGUCAAUAAUAUAAUUGUAGAGAUUUUUCUAGUGAACUUUUACUUCACUGGAGCAAAUCUUUAGAUCUUUUAAAGCACGGUUUAUUUACCUUUUUACAAACAGCAGUCUUAAAACUGAUGGAUCAUACAUUCAUUUGCUGUGUCCACCUUAUAAUCUUUUAGAUUCUAUUAGUAAAAAUAGUGUUUCCUUGGCUCUUUUUCCUGACCAGUUGUUAUUGGUGUGACCAUUUUCUUUUUAGGAUUGAUGAGACAUUUUGCUAUGUAUGCUAUGUCGUGUAUUAGAACCUUCUAUAAUAUGGCUCAUUUUUACAUGGUUUCUGAUUUACCAUGCGUGAAAUAUUCCUUAAAAUCAUCAAGUAACACUAUAGUGAGGUUAGACUUUAACAUAAGUAUUGAAUCUUGUUUUAUAAUGCCAAUUUUAUUGAAGCUUUGUUGUAUUUAUUUUAUGGAUCUAUGGUCCAUAAAUGGGAGUUAGUAGCAAACAUUUUGUUAAAAAUGUCUUAGCUUUCCCCUAAAUUGUAUCAUUUUGUAGAAGUUUUAUCCUUCUGUGGUUUUUCUGGCUUUCUGAGCUUUAAAGUGUUAAUGAAUUCGUACUUCAUGGGUUUGGUUUUAAGUAUUAGAUUACAAUUGUGGAUUUUUAAAAGGUAAUAAAUACUUGAAGUGAAUAUAUAUAGACAGCCGGAUUUUCCGAAAACUGGGCUGUGUGUGUUUUAGAUUUGAAUAUUAGCCAUAAUUAACUUUUUUUUUUUUUUUUUUGGAGACAGGGUCUUACCCUGUCACCCAGGAUGGAGUGCAGUGGUGCAGUCUCGGCUCACUGCAGCCUCCACCUUCCGGGUUCAAGAGAUUCUCGUGCCUCACCCUCCCAAGUAGCUGGGAUUACAGAUGCCUGCCACCGUGCCCAGCUAAGUUUUGUAUUUUUUUGUUUGUUUUAGUAAAGACGAGGUUUUACCGUGUUGGCCAGACUGGUCUCAAACUCUUGCCCUCAAGUGAUCCCACCCCCUUCAGGCUCCCAAAGUGCUGGGAUUACAGGUGUAAGCCACCAUUCCUGGCAAAGAAUUAACUUUUUCACGUAGAAAAUAGAUCACAGAUAAAAGCUCCUCACAUAUUUUGAAAGUCAAAAGAAAAUUUGCUGUUGCUAACGAUUGCCUUUGAACCAUGAAAGAGGAUAAACUAACUUGAUUUGAGCAACUUGUCAUUUGAGACUUAAACUAACUUACCAAACUUAGCAGAAUUGAGUAUUGACUUAAAUGAAGUUAGUUUAUAUAGAUACUUUACUAUUCUGUCAUGCAAAUAAAAUGGCUUAGAGCAAGUUCAUACACAGCUACUUUUAUCUGCAAAUGUAGAAAUCUUACCUUUUUGAAAUUUACGUUAUUCCCUGAAACUAUGCAUAUUGAGAGCGCGUUUAUAAAAGUAUUAUCUGAGAAACCUGAGUUUGAUUUUCUUUUUGUGACAUUCCUGUUAAUGUCACUUUUAAACAAGACAUUUAACCUAUGUCAUCUUCAGUUUCUUCUGUAAAAUGGUGAUGAUAAUGAUACCUACCAAUAUUGUUGUGAAGUUCAAAUAGGGCCCUGUCCACAGCACUUAGCUAUUAAAUGAAUGCAUCUUGGUACUUGAACAAGUGGUUAGUUAUGAUAGUUUAUUUUUUUCUAACAAAUUUAUCUUAUAAAAAGAAAUAGCCAGGAUUUCCUGUGUUAUCCUGCCAUUUUUUAUAAUCAAAAUUAUUAAUAUUCUCCUUAGACUAAAUCAUUAAUUGAACAAACCUCAAGCAUCCACUAUAUGCCAAGAAGUAUUCUAGGCCUGAAUAUAUUGCAGGGCACAAAACAAGACAGUUAUUUCUGGACCUUAUGGGAUUUUUAUUUUAAUUGGUUAGUGAAAUAAUUUAUCAUUUGGUGACAAGGUUAUGUGGGGAAAAUAAGUUGAGGAAGGGGCCCAGAGAGUGUGUGAGGAUAGGAUUACUGUUUAGUAGACUGUACACUGAUAUGUGACAUUGAGCAGAGACCUGAGGAAGUGAAUGGUUGUGCAGUGUGGAUAUCUGGGAGGAGAGCAUUCUAGGCAGAAGGAAUAUUACAUGCUAAGGCCCUUAGCUGGUACAGAGUGUAAAGAAACAGCAAAGAGAUCAGUGUGACUGUAGUGAACAAGAAUAGCAUUUUAGGAAGAACUGGAAAAUGAACUGAGAGAGAUUGGGAGUAAUAAUCCUGCCUGAUUGUAGGUAAUUAUAUAGGGCAUUAUAGCCCUUUCUCAAGAGUUGGACUUUACUGAGUGAGCUAGCAAGCAGUUAGGAUUCGGAUCAAAGCAAGGAUGGAAGCAGGUAGUAGUAGGAGGAUAAAAUAUGGUAAAUCCAGGUGACAGAUGGUACAAUUUGAGACUAAGAGUAAUGGAAAUAAUAAGUGGUCAGAUUCUGAAUGUAUUUUGGUGGAAGCACAAUAAGUGGUCAGAUUCUGAAUGUAUUUAGUGGAAUGUAUUUUGGUGGUGGCACCAAAAGGAUAUGCUGAUAGAAUGUAUGUGGGGUAUGAAAAAAAGAAUGAUCAAGGUUUUUGGCUUGAAGAAUGAAGUGGGCAUUAGUAAGAUGGGGAAGAUUCAGAGGAGCAGGCUUAAAGAGGUAGAUUGAGAGUUUGCUUUUGGAUGUGUUAUGGUAGACUUGUCUAUCAGAUGUCCAAAGGAAAAUGUAGAGUGGGCAGUUGGAUAUUUGAACCUGGAAAAGUAGAGGUCUUGGCUGGAGAUAAAUAUAUUUGGAAGUCAUCAGUGGGUAAUCUUAUUUUAAGGCAGGAUAUGGAUGAAACCACUUAGAGAGUAAAUGUAGCCAGAGGAUAGAACUUAAUUGAAGACAUCUGAUCAAUGAAAUUCAAGGCCAACUUUUGUGAUUUUUCAAAUAGAAAUAAAAUGUUAACAUUUUCUACCACACAUAUACAAACCAUAUAGUGUUAUAGAAGCACUAAGAUUGAAAAAGCAAGAUUGAUAAUAGUUACCAAAUAUGUAAGUAAAUGGCAAAUUAAAUUGAGGAGGGAGUGUCACUUCAUUCUUGGAAUGAAGCUUUUUGUUUUGAAAUAAUACAGUUUUUUAUAUUAAGAAUAACAUCUGGAGUGCUAGUUUCUUUUUCUCAUUGUUGGAAAUUGCUAUUCCAAUUCAAUUUGACAGUUUUAGCACUAGAGGGCAGGCUUGCUUCUAGAUUGUGAAGAGUUCUAAAUGAAUUAAUAUAGCCAGACAGCGCAGGUUGAACAUCCUUAACUCAAAAAUCUGAAAUUCAAAAUGCUCCAAAAUCCAAAACUUUUUGAAUGUUGACAUGAUACCACAAGUGGAAAAUUCCAUACCUGACCUUAUGUGAGGGGUCACAGUCAAAAUGCAAGUGCACAACAGUUUACUCUGUUCCCAAGAGAAAAAUAAAAUUAGCUUCAGGCUAUGUGUAAGAAGUGUAUAUGAAACAUAAAUGAAUUUCAUAUUUAGACUUGGGUCCCAUCUGCAAGAUAUCUCAUUAUGAAUAUGCAAAUAUUCAAAGAUUGAAAAAAAAAAGUCUAAAACACUUCUGGUCCCAAGCAUUUUGGAUAAGGGAUAUUCAACCUGCACCUACAUUCAUUCUCAAUUAAUGAAUGCAGUUGUUUCUUAUGUGACAGGUUUGCCAUCUACAAUGUUUUUUUCUAGUGCUGGGAAAGCAUAAAAUAAGGCUAAUUGAUUUUAGUACAUCUAGGACUGGCAGUUGAUACUAAUAUACAUUUGAAUAUAAAGUCCAAGGAAAUUCAAGUUUAGCUUACUGUAAUUAUACUCAGAUUUGAUAUAGAGGGCCUUCUACCACAUAUAUGAAUAUUAAAGUCAGUCAGAAGAAAUCCUGGACAUGAAAACAUUUUUUUCAGGAUCAACUAUAUGCUGGGUACUAUUAUAUAAGUGGGGCUACAAAGAUGAAUAAAAUAUAGUCCCUGCCUAAAUAAGCUUUGUCGUAGCAUCUUACAGCACUUAAUAUCUUGUGCUGUAUCUGUUUAAAUGUCUUUUUCCCUUCAAUAAUGGAAAUCCUGACUCACUUAUUUUUGGUGCCUCCAAGUGCCCAUCACACAAUUCAGUUUAUAGUGUUUGAACAUAUGAAUAAUGAGAGAGAUAAAAAGAAAACAGGGUCAGGGAAUUGGGGCCUUUGAAAAAACCUGUUUUCACAUUUUUACCCUUAGAGAGAGGCUUUUCCUGUUAACAUAUCUAAAGGCGAUUAUGGAGACAAUUCUAACCUUCUAUCUUUGCUCCCACUUCUUCUGGCAGGCUUUACCCCCAUUCCUCAAGAGCAGUUAUUGGCAGCCAUAGAGAGUGGGAGGUCAGGCCUUUUUUAUAGUCAUUGGAGUAAACAGGAGAGAUAGAUGUGGAAAUUGGGAGGUUCUCUCUAUCUGGUUUACAUCAGUUUGAGAAGUUUGAUGUGAAAUGGAACCUUCUGAAAUGAGGUUCUUCUUUUUCCCACUUUUCACCUGGAAAUUUUUCCCAUACAUGGUCCUCUUGCUCCCCUGAUCCUUUUAGGGUCCCUAUUUCUACAUGCUAGUUCUUUCAUUUCCUUGUCUGUAACAUGAGGAUGAUAAUAGUCCUUAUCUAAUAGGAUUAUUUUGAGGAUGAAAUGAAAUACAUGCAGUAAAUAUUAGUUACUCUUUGCUAUCUGGAAAAAUAUCAGUUGAACCUCAUAGGAUGGACUUGUGUUCAAUAAGUGUUAUUAUAUAUAGUAGAGUCAAAUGGAAAAAUUGACCCACUAAGAUACAUUUUUUUUCAUUGAUACAUAAUAGAUUAUUUGGGGGGUACAUGUGAUAAUAUGGUAUAUUCAUAUAAUUAAAAUUCAUUGAUACAUAAUAGAUGUAUUUAUUUGGGGGUACAUGUGAUAGUAUGAUAUAUUCAUAUAAUUAAAAUUCAUUGAUACAUAAUAGUUGUAUUUAUUUGGGGGGUACAUGUGAUAGUAUGGUAUAUUCAUGUAAUUAAAUGAAGAUAAUUGGGAUAUCCAUCACCUUAAAUAUUUAUGUUUUCUUUACACUAGGAACAUUCAAAUUCUCUUUAGCUUUUUUGAAAUGUACAAUAGGUUAGUGUUAAUAGAUCAGUCAUCCUACUGAUACAUCGAACACCAGGUCUUCUGUCUACAUAGACAUAUUUAGAAAUGCAAAUCUCUUAGGAAAUUAAUCUCUAAUGUCAGUGAUGCGCACUGAUUUGUAUUGCUUGCUUUCUUUGUAGGCGAUAUAGUGAAAUGGUUCCUUAAAUGGAUGCUAAAUAUGACUAAAUGAUCGAUUUACAGUGUAGUUGGCACUAAGUAAUAAAUGCUCAGUAACAUAGCUACCAUAGCUGUCUUUAAAAGUGGAUUGAUUUGACUUCAUAGGAAAGACAUUAUUUUUAAAAAAGAUAAAUAUUAAAAAACAAAAAGCCAAAAUACUAUAAUGUCUUACUACAUUGAUUCUCUUAAAUCAGGUUUUUUUUUUUUUUUUAAUUAAGUAGCAGGACCCUAUUCCAAAAUAAGUUUUACCUAGAAGCACACUAUUUAAGACAGAAAGCUGAAAUACUCUGGUUAAGUGGGAAGCGCCAUGUCUUCCCCACUGCUGGUAUUAUUUCUGAAAAACCUCAAAGGAACCCCUUUGUCUCUGAAUAGCAUGUUUUAAAAACCACUGCUUGCACAUUUGUGCCUUGACAUAUCAAAUAUGUGAACAAAGUAAUAGAGUGAGAAAACUGAAUUUCUAUUUAGGAAUUUCUAUUUUAUUCUCUCUAUAAAAAGCCAAGAAGUGGUUGGUGUUUGGAAUAACAUGAAAAAUAUUCCAAGUGUCUUUGGAAAUACUUACACUAGAACUAUAAGGUUUAUGAUAAUUCUGUCUUAGAUUCAUUACCUUGAGCUGGUCUAAAAAAGGGUGAUAUGUAAGAACUACCAAGAGAGACUUGGAGUAGAUUUAAGAAUGAAGGAAUGAAUGAAUAUCCAUGGGCCAAGGCUUUGCUAAGCCUUCUUAUUACACAGGAUAACAGAGUAUAGUUGCUAGUUUCUACCUUUGAAGAUUAUGAUCCUUAAAAAGGAAACAACUCUGAACAGAGACCGUGUUAUUCAUAGGUGUUCCUCACUUGUUUCCACCACAUAAUAAGGUGUUUAUUGAAUAAAUGUUUAUUUAAUGAAUGAAAAAAUGUAUGUCUCUCUUUGCUCCUAGACUGCAAGUUACUUAAAAAGACAUGGACCAUAUUUUACUUAUCUUUCAUGGCCUGCAAAUUGAGUUUGCUUACUGAAUUAAUGAAUGAAUGACCAAUUGUACACAUAUGUCUGUAAAACAUUUACAUAUCCACAUUUCCGUUAGAUUAAGAUUCUUGAGGGCAGAAACCAUGUGUUAGCUCUCAGCAUGGUGCCUGACUCAUAGUAGGUUGUGAAAAACAUUUGCAGAACUGAAUAAAACUUAGGUUUGAGUAGUACUGGAGCUGUCUCAUAACCGGGCACAGUGUUUUCUAAAUAGACACUAAAAUUAUUUCAUAAUUAAAGACAGAGAUCUCACUAGGCAUUUUCUGAGUUAGUGCCAGUUGAAUAAUAUGAGCAACAAGCUAUAGGAGUUCAGAGGAGAAUGAGUUCUGUGGACUGAAAUAGUCAAAGUGGAUUUUCAGAGCAGAUGAGACAUGAUGAAGGCAGGAGCUACUUUGGUGUUUUAAGAACAUUAAUUAGGCAGCAGGAAAAUUGGAGUACAGGGAGACUAGUAAGGAAGGCUGGAAAGAGCCCUGGAUUUGGAGUUCAGAGUUCGGUGUUCAGAGUCCUUUGCUUCUUAGUGACUAUCUGACCUUGAGAAGAUAACUUGAACUCCCUUUUCCUCUUCGGUGAGGUAGAGGUAAGAUUGAUGUGCAUAUUGAUAUGUACUUAAAAGUGUUUGUAAAAUGCUAAGUAAAACCAAAUGCUAUGCUUUGAGUGUAGUGGAUUCCAAAUAUUUGUUUAAUGACAAUAAAUGAUAUUGACUAAU